AUGCUCGGCCGUGCGUUCACUAAAAUAUGGAGGCAUAAGGACUCUGAAAACCACUAUUAUCUGGACCUUGAGGGAUUUAAGUCUAAGGGCCCUACCCAGGAAGACAAUGUCGCGUAUUGUCCGGAACAAGACGCGUCGUCCACCGAUCGCGAGGACUCCAACGACUCCAACGUCUACGAACAUCCCGAGGAGGUUAGCUUUGGUUACAAAGCUCGAGGACGACCAGCGGUAGAGUCAGUUACAAAGACCGAUGGGAACGCAGGAACUGGCUUGCUAACCACCGUCGCGCCCCUGCCAACCACAGGUGUCAAUGAAUGCACAAAGAAACCAUGCCAACAUGGCCGCUGUGUGAACAAAGAUGGCGGAUACUCCUGUGUCUGCUCUCCUGGAUGGACUGGACAGAAUUGUCAGCAAGACAUCAAUGAAUGUACCAGGAAGCCGUGCCAACAUGGAUACUGUGUGAACAAAGAUGGCGGGUACAAUUGUACAUGCGCGCCUGGAUGGACUGGACAGAACUGUCAGCAAGGCAUCAAUGAGUGUGACAAGAGCCCAUGUCAACAUGGACGCUGUGUGAACAAAGAUGGCGGAUACACCUGUGUCUGCUCACCUGGAUGGACUGGACAGAACUGUCAGCAAGACAUUAAGUGUGCCAAGACCCCUUGCCGACAUGGACGCUGUGUGAACAAAGAUGGCGGAUACACAUGUGUCUGCUUACCUGGAUGGACUGGACAGAACUGUCAGCAAAACAUCAAUGAGUGUGCCAGGAACCCUUGUCAACAUGGACGCUGUGUGAACAAAGAUGGCGGAUACAAAUGUCAGCAAGCCGAAUGUCCGUCUGGGUGGAGCGGACAUGGCGACCAUUGCUACAAGUUGAUGAAGGCCAAGGUCACUUGGACUGCAGCAAAGUCAAAGUGUGAACGUCUUGGUGCAGAGCUGGCCUCUGUGAAGGACAAAAAAGAGAACGACUUCAUCGCAGGUCUAGUUGUUGGCGACUUUGCCCGGCAUAUGUGGAAUGUGAGGAUAUUUGGUGCAGCCUAUCGUCUUCUAGCCUGUGGAGUCCUUGUAAUCCUCUUCAUUAUCACGAUCGGCGUCACUCAGGUCAAACCUGAUCAGAAAGAGAAUGAAGAUGGCGUACUGAUGGGGGCUAACCUGAAAUUGUCAGGCACUAGCACCGCCUGGUUGAUGACAUCCGCCCAAGAUUACAGCUCGACCAUCAACCGUGUAACUGGACUCCCCACCAUCCACCACCCAGGUCGUCCUGCACCACCGUCAGGACGACCAGCGAUAGAGUCAGUUACAAAGACCGGUGUGAACGAAGGGGCUGGCUUACAAACGAUUGUCGCGUCCCUGUCAGCCACAGCCGAAUGUCAGUCUGGGUGGAGCGGACACGGCAACCAUUGCUACAGGUUGAUGGAAGACAAGGUCUGCUGGAAAAUAGCAAAGUCAGGGUGUGAACGUGUUGGCGCAGAGCUGGCCUCUGUGAAGGACAAAGAGGAGAACGACUUCAUCGCAGAUCUAGUUGUUGGUGCCCCUAAAGGCUAUGUUGCGCUUGUCUGGCUCGGCCUGCACAAAGAAAGCGGAGAAUGGAAGUGGACGGAUGGAUCACUGGCUACCUACUUCAACUGGGCUCCCGGGGAACCAAACAACAGCUGGUUUCAUUCUCUUGGCCGCGGAGAGAACUGUGGUGCUGUGUACUCUGAGACCGGAACGAAAUGGAUCGGCCGUAUGUAUAGUGAGCGGGGGCAGUGGAACGACAAUGCCUGCAACUGGAAUUAUCCUUUCAUCUGCAAGCGUCCCAAACAAGGAUGA